AUGAAUGCAAUUAACUCUAACAACUCUAAUAACCUAACCUCUGACUUUGGUCAUUCAAAUGAUAUGAAUUUUGUGAAAAGUAGUGAGAACUGUUUAGGCAAUUCCAAUAGCUUAUCGUCUGUUAAAUUAACUCAAUUACCAGUGAAUCCAAUGUAUACAAAUGGCUCAACUGCGGAAAACGAUGUUUUGAAAGCGAAUUCUGGAAUUCCUGCUGAUGAGUGUUGGUUGUUCAAACCACCGAAGCAGCACCAAGCUCAAGGAUCUAUUGAACCCAUAAGAACAUGGUUGCGUGCUAUAUUUGAUUCUCCAGAUUCCUGCUUUUUCCAUUCGCGUCGAAAUCUUCUUUCACGCCUUGAGGCGAUCAUUUUGGCUGGGGGGCAAACUGAAGCAUAUCAAUUUGGAGGCAGUGUGCCAUCUUUGAAUCUUAUUACUUCAGGAUAUCCACCUCGUCCGAAUACAGGUCGUACAGAACAUCCUAUUUAUGGAUCUAUCCUAUCUAAUCGUCUGGUAACCGCUAGUUCAUCAGACAGUAUUUCGUUUCCUAGUCAACAGACAGGAACAAAUCCUACAAUGAACAAUGAGCAUGUUAACAUGAACACUUUCACACGUUCUCACAAACCGAGAAUAAGUUUACCACCUCAGUGCAGUACCAGUAAAUCAGUAAAAAAUGGUUCUCAUAACCCUAAUUCCUACUUGUCCAACUCUACUGGAGCGAACUUUUCUUUCAAACCGCCUAAUAAGACAGGGUCAUGUGAUGAGUUAGAAACUACUGCGAAUACCAAUGUACAGGAAAUUGCUAGAAGACAAGAAGACACCUUAAAGGCAGAAGUUGCGGCCCUAGCAGCGGCAGCAGCUGCUGCUGGGAAACAUGGUAGUCAGCAUUCUCUUGCUUCUUUGUGUAGGAAUAGCCCACAUGGGAGCUAUACAAACAUCGCCAGUGCUCCAGAAAGCCCUCACUCAAGCACAACAAAGCUAAACCAACCUCAGCAAAAUUGUGACCAUUUCUAUGUAAAACAGUCUCUGUCGUUUUCCCAAGAGUUUGAAGGGCAAAUUACAAACCAGCAACCAACACAAGAUGCUCAUCUAUUUAAUUAUUCCUCUAAUAGUCCUACUAUAAAAGACGUACUGUCCAACAUUCCUCCUCAUACUUCUAAUGUGGCGAACAUAAAACAAAAUCCCUACAAAAUUUUGCCUCAAAAGCCUUUGCUCACAAAUAUUGUUCCAGAAAUGGGUGAUGAAACUAAACAAUUUCAGAAAAUUUCAGUUUCAACACAUUCAUCAGUAUAUCCUCUUGCGGUGAAUGCCACAGGAAACGUGUACUCGUCUUCGGCAGAACCUCGCAGUCAUUUUGGUUUUCGGCCAUUACAACAAACCUCUACUAGUUCAUUAAAUAAAACUGCUAAUUUAGGAUUAAGACGUACAUCUGAUGAUCAACUUUUAUCCUCCGGAAACCCAAACCAAUAA